GCUUUUCAUCUUCCAUGCGCUGAGGUCGGCGCAGGAAGCGGCUAAACAGUUCGUUUGCCGAAUCUUGGAAAUCCUUCUUGGAGGAUUUCAUACGAAGGCGUCUUACAGUUUUCUGAAACUCUAAGGAGUCGUUUUUGCAUGGAAGAUUCGAGUUUAACGGGAGAGUCUUGCAGACAGAUAUUUAAGUAUCAUCUCGCGUGGCUCCUUCGUGGUCAUUCUCGUUGUCGACGCUUUUGGCAUACGCCGGAGGAGUCUCGACGUCUCGGCGCUACUGAAAAUAUCUGCUCAUGGCCAAAUCAGGGUAUUAACGUGAGACGAUGUACUCUUGUACAAGCAAGGAGUACUUGUAUACUGGGAGCGUCCACUACGAUAGGAAGUAGAAGGAAAGAAGGAAGCGACGCUUAUCGCAAGGCACUUGAAAACUACGACUCUACUAAGAAAUCUAAUCCUAGAUUUCUUUAUUUCUCUUUUGUAUCUGGACGAUUAAGUUGCCUAAUAUAUUAUCAGUAGAUUAGUAGAUUAGUGAACCUUUAAAGAAAAUCACGGCUAUGUAACACGGUCCUUAUAUAUUCUAUAGUUUGAACCCUUGUGAAAUCUGGACAGCCUUGCGAAAUGUUCUUUGAUGCGAGACGAAUGCACGAGUGCAUUUGUCUCGACGCAGAAAAGUAUAAAAACAUCGGGAACGCGGCAAUGAGAUAUGAAUCACGUGUUACCCUAUAACAUAUCGUAAUGUUAUACAAUUCCUCUAUAGUUUUUAUAAUAUAAAAGAUUGCGUGUAUCCAAUGUAUAUUUAAAAAAUUUGAAAAGCACAAUUGAGAAACUACUGUUUACGUACUACAUAUACAGCUCAAGUAGAAAUUGAUAAGAAUAAGGGUUUUGUAAAUAAUCGAUUAUAUUUAUGAAUACUCUUGAUAUAUAUAUUUUUUUUUUUGCAGUAGAAGAGGCGCAUUGUGCGAUGCGCUUUAUGCAUUUCGGUUACGUAUAUUUCUACGAUAAUUAAACAUAGUACUUACGUACUUACAUACAGAUGGUACUCUUGAUAUACGGUACGGUUGUUCUGAGAAUUGCUUGGUAGCACUUCGUCAGUCAUUAGUAUGACAAACGGAGCCGUGACUACGCAUGAGUUUAAUUUGCAUCAAUUAUAUGUGAAACGGAAACUUCCGCGAUUUACGUAACUGUCCUAUUUCUAGACAAUUUUCAUAAUUAGUAUUUUAUUGGCCGAGUCGACUAAUGAAAUCAUUAUUCGCGGCGUCUUUUUUCGGUGUCUCGCAUUUUGCGAAGGCGGACAAAAAUAUUUCGCGAUUUUAUCUGCGCUUCGCGCCCGAGAACCAAGAGAAUACAUUUACGCUGCCAAUCUGGAAAUAUUUAAGCCGCGCGAUCUGACGUUAAUUUAUUUUUACGACAUUCUUAUAAGUUCUCCCGAUAGCAUCGUUAUUGUUGUGAAUGCUCCUUUGCUGCUUGGUGAAGAGAAUCUGAUAUCUAAAGUAAUUUUUUUCCUUUCUUUUUUCUCUUAAUAGAGAAUAUAUUGAUGAGCGUUGACGUAGCACAUUCCACCAUAAAGUGUUUUAAGUUGGUACAAAAAAGGUACGAUUGUAUCUUUCCGUUCGUACAUAUCCCUGAGAGAUUCUCGUAUAUAUCCCUGGAACGUCUUUUGAACUUAACGACCGCCUCUAAAAUUUCGCA